CGUGAUUUGUUGUGCUUGUUUUGUGAUCUCACGCACAUGUUUACCGGACGUGAUGGGUUCGGAUAGCGAAGAUGGCUUAGCGGGUCCCUCAACCACCACCACCACCACCACUGCAGUGGUUGAGAACGCCUGGGCCAUGAAGAUCCCCAAAUUCGAAGCCCAAGACAAUCCGCAUGGCCUUUUGGAGGAGUCUUCUUUUGCCACACUCUUCCCCAAAUAUCGCGAGAAAUAUCUCCGCGAAUCCUGGCCCUUGGUCACCAAAGCCUUGCACGACCAUCACGGGAUCAGGGCUGAACUGGACCUGAUCGAGGGUAGCAUGACCGUGAAGACCACCCGCCAGACUUUUGAUCCGUACAUCAUCAUCAAAGCGCGUGAUUUCAUCAAACUCAUGGCCCGAAGUGUGCCCUACGAGCAAGCCAUCAAGGUCUUAGAUGACGAAGUCGGUUCCGAAAUCAUCAAGAUUGGUGGACUAGUCCGGAACAAGGAUCGGUUCGUCAAGCGGCGACAACGACUCAUCGGGCCCAAUGGAUCCACUUUAAAGUCCAUCGAGCUUCUCACCCGAUGCUAUGUCUUAGUUCAAGGUAAUACCGUCGCGGCUUUAGGGCCCUACCAAGGCCUCAAACAAGUGCGCAAGAUCGUGGUUGACACGAUGAACAACGUCCACCCCAUCUACAACAUCAAGAGCCUCAUGAUCAAGCGUGAACUCAUGAAAGAUCCCCAACUCAAGCACGAAAAUUGGGAACGAUUCCUACCCAAGUUCGAAAAGAAGAACCUGAGCAAACGCAAGGAGCCGCUCAAGAAGAAGGAGAAGAAACCAUACACGCCCUUCCCGCCUGAAAUGCCCCAAUCCAAGGUGGACAAACAACUGGCCACGGGCGAGUACUUCCUCAAGCCCACGGACAAAAAACGGCGCAAGUUGGAGGAGCAAAAAGACAAACAAGCCGGAUCGCAAGCCAAGCGCGACCAGAAGAGGAUGAAAUCCUUCCAACCGCCCAAGGAGGACAAGAACAAAGCCAAUGGGACAAGUCAGACUGGUGGAUCGCAAGCGAACGGCCCGCCCGUGGGAGCGUCGACUUUGGACAUGGACAAGUUGAAGACCAAGAUGGAAAAAGCGAGUAAAGAUCAAAAGAAAAAAGCCAAGAAGAGAAAGAUGUGAAAAGUGUAUUCAGUUAUUACUCUUAUUUGUGAAGUAAACUUUAUUGUAAGCAAGUGUUUUGGCCUGAAGUGAAAGUUGCGUCUUUUAAUCCCUUUCUUUUGCAG